AUGCCCAGGCCUUCCUCCAAUUUGUCGCUGAUGGUUGAGAGCAUUGGGGAUUCCCUGGCGUCUAUCGACACAUGUCCAGAAAGUCCCCUCCCAGGACCUGUGUCUCCACGGCUCCAAAGGUGCGACGUCAACGCUGCCUUUAUCGCUGAGUGCGACCAAGACAACAAUCGAGAACAAGCGUUGAUACCACAAGAGAUUCAUGUAGAUCGGUCCAUAAAUGAUAGGGCAGCACCUCAUAUUCGCCCCGCCACUGUUGAACAUUCCAGUUUCCAAACCUUAUCAUGGGGGAAAUGCACGGAAGCUUGGUGGGAACAAUCUCUAGAAUGUUUCCCGGCCCAUCUUGAUCUUUCGCAGCUUUUGGCGGCCCCGUUCAAGUAUCAAUAUGCAGCUUUAGCCUGGAUUUGGCUGGAGAAGUAUGAGUACUACAGCUGGGCGGCGGGCUAUCUGAGCUUUGAUGGGAAUGGGCCAGAUUUGUUGAUGGACCCCGAAGUUGAAGAACUGGUUGAACGAAUUGGCUGUAGAGGAAGUGAGCAAAACAGCUGA